AUGCAAGGUGGUCUUUUUGAACACGGAUCAUCUGCCGGCGCCAGAGUCUCGAGUGGGCGAUCUUGUGCAGAACGAGGUGGAGGCUGAGCUGGUGUGUCAGAUCUGCGCGGCGCUCAUCCUAGGAGGCUGUGAGGCGGGCGACAUUGGCGUCAUCACUCCGCUGCGUCAGCAGAUCAGGCUUCUGACCAACGCUCUCGGCAUCAAUGCGACUUCGUCCACGCGGACAGACACGGAGAAGGGCCGAAAGGGAAUCGAAAUAUUGACGGCCGAUCGAGCACAGGGUAGAGACAAAUCGGUCGUGCUCGUCUCAUUUGUCCGCAACAACACGAUUGGGGAAGGGGGCAAGGGGAGCGUGGGCGAGCUGCUGAACGAUGUCAGACGCAUCAAUGUCAGCUUGACAAGAGCACAGAGAAAGCUCGUCAUGGUAGGAAGCAGAAAGACGCUGCAAGAGGUGCCGCUGCUGCAGAAGCUUUUGGAACUGUUCGACGGAAGAGGCUGGUGCAUCGACUUGGGAAAGGACGACCAUAGACGCUUUUGCGCUCCUCGGGGUCUUUGGACAAGUCUUGCGAACGCAGCAUCCAGCCAAUCGCAAUACCUCUUUGAUUGCACGCCGUCUGCAAACGAGAAGCAAAAUCCUGAUCGUGCUGGUGCUAGCUUUGGCCCAGCAGCGGAGUCGACCCUCAAGAAUGCACCUGCUCACCAUGCCGGCUCGGGAGCACUCGUCCGCAAGAGGCCGCUCUUGCGGGAUAUCAUCAAUGAGCAGGAGGAACCGACUGGAGGGCUUUGA